AUGGAUGAGAAGUUGGCGACCUCAGAAACCCGAAGCGGCUCAGACGUGGAUACUCUGAGCACCGUAGACAACUCCGAACAGGGUCGAGAAUGGAGCAAAAACGCCCAUUCACAAUCGGCGAUGGCCCGUCAAUAUGGGGUCAACGUCGAGAGAGCGGAGCAGGAGUUCUCUGAGCUCAAUAAACAACUGUCGAGCAUCUCGCAGCGUGCCCACCGGCUCUCCCGACACACGUCCAGGGCGUCCAAAGCCCUCGCAGACAACGAAGAUGUCGAGAGAUCGGCCACGUCCGCCGAGUCAGAGGAACCCUGGGAUCUUGAAACUGCGCUUCACGGCGACCGAGCUGCAGAAAUGGAGGCGGGCAUCAAGGACAAGCACAUCGGUGUCAUAUGGGAUGACCUGAGUGUUCGUGGGAUCGGCGGAGUCAAGACCUACAUCAAAACGUUUCCCGAUGCGAUUGUCGACUUUCUCAACGUCCCAGGGCUCGUAAUGGAUCUUCUUGGGUUGGGUAAGAAGGGCACAGAGGUCGAGAUCUUGACGAAAUUCCGCGGAUACCUGCAGCCCGGGGAGAUGGUGCUUGUUUUGGGGCGGCCCGGAUCGGGCUGCACUUCGUUUCUCAAGGCCAUCACGAAUCAGCGGUUUGGUUUCACGGCUAUCGACGGCGAGGUUAUGUACGGUCCUUUCGACGCGAAGACUUUUGGGAAACGGUUCCGCGGAGAGGCGGUCUACAACCAAGAGGACGAUGUCCACGAUCCUACGCUCACAGUCAAGCAGACGCUAGGGUUCGCGCUGGAUACGAAGACACCGGGGAAAAGGCCCCUUGGGGUCUCCAAGGCGGAGUUCAAGGAUAGGGUGACUCGCAUGCUGCUCAAGAUGUUUAAUAUUGAACACACUGCCAACACGGUGGUGGGCAACCAAUUCAUUCGGGGAAUCUCCGGCGGCGAGAAGCGCCGUGUCAGCAUUGCAGAGAUGAUGAUCACAUCGGCGACGGUGCUGGCCUGGGAUAAUAGUACGCGUGGCCUGGACGCUUCGACGGCUCUAGACUUUGCGAAAUCGCUCCGAAUCAUGACAAACAUCUAUAAGACCACCACUUUUGUGUCCCUGUACCAGGCAUCAGAGAAUAUCUACAGACAAUUCGAUAAAGUCCUUGUGAUUGACAGUGGCCGCCAGGUCUUCUUCGGUCCCACAUCCGAGGCACGGCCUUAUUUCGAGAAUCUGGGGUUCAAAGAAAAGCCACGCCAGACCACGCCCGACUACUUGACAGGCUGCACAGACCCAUUUGAGCGAGAGUACAAAGACGGCAUCGACCUUAGCAGAGUCCCCUCAACCCCGAGCGAACUGGCCGAGGCGUUCGACCAAUCCGUCUACAGCCAGAAUCUCGCAGAGGAAAUGGACGAGUACCGGAAACAAGUCGAACAUGAAAAACACGUUUACGAGAAUUUCGAAAUCGCCAACCGGGAGGCGAAACGCAAAUUCACCUCGAAGUCGUCCGUCUACUCGAUCCCGUUCCACUUGCAGGUAUGGGCCUUGAUGCAGCGUCAGUUCUUGAUCAAAUGGCAGGAUAAAUUCGCACUGAUCGUCUCUUGGGUGACAUCCGUUGGGGUGGCUAUCGUGCUCGGAACGGUCUGGCUUAAGCAGCCAGUGACCAGCGCUGGAGCCUUCACGCGAGGCGGUCUUCUGUUUACAAGUCUGCUCUUCAACGGGUUCCAGGCGUUCUCGGAGCUAGCGUCUACGAUGAUGGGGCGCGCUCUGGUGAACAAACACAGCCAAUUCACAUUCUAUCGACCGAGCGCGCUGUGGAUUGCGCAAAUAGUGGUGGAUGCUACAUUCGCCAUCGCCAGGAUCAUCAUCUUCAGCAUCAUCGUGUACUUCAUGUGCGGACUGACCCUCGACGCGGGUGCGUUCUUCAUAUUCAUUCUGAUCAUCUUCCUUGGAUACAUCGACAUGACGGUAUUCUUCCGGACGAUUGGAUGCCUGUGUCCCGGCUUCGACCACGCGAUGAACUUUGUUUCCGUGCUCAUCUCGCUGUUCGUCAUCACUUCGGGAUAUCUCGUCCAGUGGUCGGCUGCGCAAGUCUGGCUGCGUUGGAUCUACUUCAUCAACCCCUUCGGGCUGGGCUUCACGGCACUGAUGGUCAACGAGUUCCGCGGCCUGGAAAUGACCUGCACGCAUGAGUCUCUAGUUCCCAGCGGUCCAGGAUACGACGAUAUCGCUCACCAGGCUUGUACCCUUGCGGGCGGCGAGCCUGGGUCCGCCAUUGUGCCGGGCGCGAAUUACAUCGCUACUACGUUUAGCUACAUGGAGGGAGACUUGUGGCGGAAUUUCGGCAUCAUGAUGGCUCUCAUUGUUGGCUUUCUUGCUAUGAACUUGUACUUUGGUGAGGUUAUUCGGUUUGAUGCUGGGGGCAAGACUAUCACGUUCUACCAGAAGGAAAACAAGCAGAGGAAAGACCUGAAUGAGAGGUUGAUGGAGAAAAAGGCCAAUAGGCAGUCCAAGAAAGGCGGGGAAGUUGAGACCGACAUCGAAAUCACGUCCAAGUCGGUCUUGACCUGGGAAGAUGUCAAUUACGAUGUCCCUGUGCCAUCGGGGACACGCAGGCUUCUCCAUUCGGUGUAUGGCUACGUGCAGCCCGGAAAGCUGACGGCGCUUAUGGGUGCAUCGGGGGCAGGAAAGACUACACUGUUGGAUGUCCUCGCGGCCAGGAAGAAUAUUGGUGUGAUCCACGGUGACAUCCUGGUAGAUGGCGUGCCCCCAGGUACGGCAUUCCAGCGCGGAACGUCCUACGCCGAGCAACUGGAUGUCCACGAAUCCAUGCAAACCGUCAGAGAAGCAUUGCAGUUCUCCGCCGACCUCCGGCAGCCUUACGAGACACCGCAGUCGGAGAAGCACGCCUACGUGGAAGAAAUCAUCUCGCUUCUUGAACUGGAAAGCCUCGCGGACGCCAUCAUCGGGACACCUGAAACCGGAUUGUCGGUCGAAGAGCGAAAGCGCGUGACCAUUGGCGUUGAAUUGGCGGCAAAACCAGAGCUACUCCUCUUCUUGGACGAACCUACCUCGGGCCUCGACAGCCAGUCUGCCUUUAACAUUGUUCGGUUCCUGCGGAAGCUCGCCGCCGCCGGGCAAGCGAUCCUCUGCACCAUUCAUCAGCCCAACUCGGCUCUAUUCGAGAACUUCGACCGCCUCCUCCUGCUGCAGCGAGGGGGCGAAUGCGUGUACUUUGGCGACAUUGGCGAAGAUUCGCGCACCCUGCUGGAGUACUUCCGUCGCCACGGCGCCGACUGUCCCGAGGACGCCAACCCCGCCGAAUGGAUGCUAGACGCCAUCGGCGCCGGCCAAACGCGACAGAUCGGGGACCGCGACUGGGGCGAUGUCUGGCGCACGUCGCCAGAGCUCGUACAAGUCAAGAGAGAGAUCGAGGAGAUCAAAGCCAGCCGGACGCAAGCGACCCAACGCCAUGACGCUCCGCCGACCGGCGAGAAAGAAUAUGCGACUCCGCUGUGGCACCAGAUCAAGGUCGUCUGCAAACGGACCAACAUCGUCUUCUGGCGCUCUAGUAAAUACGGAUUCACGCGCUUCUUCACGCACCUGGCCAUCGCGCUCGUCACGGGGCUGGCCUUCUUGCAACUGGACGACUCGCGGGCCUCCCUGCAGUAUCGGAUCUUCGUGAUCUUCAACGUGACAGUCAUCCCGAUCAUCAUCAUCCAGCAGGUCGAGCCGCGCUACGAGAUGUCCCGACUGAUCUUCUACCGCGAGUCCGCCUCAAAGACAUACAAAGAGUUCGCCUUUGCCCUAGGCAUGGUAAUAGCCGAAGUGCCCUACUGCAUCCUCUGCUCCGUCAUCUUCUUCCUCCCGCUCUACUACAUCCCAGGCUUCCAGUCCGCGACCGACCGCGCGGGCUACCAAUACUUCAUGAUCCUCAUCACCGAGCUAUUCGCCGUAACGCUCGGCCAAAUGAUCGCCGCCCUCGCGCCAAACGCCUUCAUCGCCUCGCAGAUCAACCCGCCCAUCACCAUCAUCUUCAGUCUCUUCUGCGGCGUCAUGGUCCCCAAGCCGUCGAUGCCCGGCUUCUGGCGCGCCUGGCUGUACGAGCUGGAUCCGUUCACGCGCGUCGUCAGCGGCAUGGUGACGACCGAGCUGCACGAUCGUCCCGUCGUCUGUCUCCCCAGCGAGUACAGCCGGUUCGAGGCGCCGUCGCACCUCACGUGCGGGGAGUACAUGCAGCCGUUUUUUGAAAACGGGGGCGUGGGUUAUCUCGCGGAUAAUGCCACGCGGGCCUGUGAGUACUGCGCGACCAAGGUCGGCGAUGAGUUCUAUCGGGCUUUCGAGAUGAGCUUUGAUAAUCGAUGGCGGGAUUUGGGCAUUUAUCUCGCGUUUGUCGGGUCGAAUCUGAUCUUCUUGUUCCUGGCGGCGCGCUAUUUGGUCUUCAAUCGCCGGUAGACAGUAGACGGCUUGGGUCGGUCCAGGGCCGGGACGCUUUUCGUCUACUGGGAAUGAGGUGGAGAGAUGUAUAUUGAUUUAAAAGGAGAGUAGAUAUGGACUCUUCAUGCUUUAGCUUGUUAAACAAACGCUCGAUGUUACAUAUGGAGUAAUGGGCAAUUUGACAAUG